UUUUCCUUCUUGGUAUUUCUCAGGCUUUCAGGAAGUCAAGACCCUACACUAUGUUCGUAUAGAUUAAAUGUCAUCCUAAAUUUAGUUUCAGGAAACUUGUAUUUGCACUUUUAUCUUAAUGUUUUCUGUUGUUCAUUAAUAAACAUAAGCCAGUGGACUUCUGCUUUGGCUGCUGGAUGGCUGAGCCAGAUUUAUUUCCAUGUGUUGUAAAUUGGUUAGUUAGAUGUGAGAACAUUUGUGUACAGCCUCUGUGUAUAGCUGAGUAGAUGGUGCAGUCUGGUAGCCCUGUCUGUAUUCUUCCUAAUUCCUUUAGAUUGUCACUUCUGUGUUAGAAUUAGAUGAUUUAUUGGUCACUAAUCUGUAAGCUGCCGCACAGUCUUUUGAAAAGACACAGCGUGAAAGUGGAACUAUACAGGUUGAAGAAAAAUAUGUGUAUAUAAAAUAUUUUCUUUUUCAGACAUAAAGCAGAGUCACUAUAAUUAUUUGUAACAUCAAUUUAACAGUUUAAUUAUAUGAAAUUAUGGCUGGUUAUAAGCCUGCAGCUAUUCAGACAUAUCCUGUACUCGGUGAAAAAAUCACCCAAGACACACUGUACUGGAACAACUAUAAGCCUCCAUAUAAUUAUGCUGUCACAGCUUCCUCAAGGAUUCACAUUUAUGGCCGGUACUCUCAAGAACCUAUAAAAACCUUUUCUCGAUUUAAAGACACGGCGUACUGUGCUACUUUUCGUCAGGAUGGUAGACUGCUUGUGGCCGGCAGUGAAGAUGGUGGAGUUCAGCUUUUUGAUAUAAGUGGGAGAGCUCCCCUCAGGCAGUUUGAAGGUCAUACUAAAGCAGUUCAUACAGUCGAUUUUACAGCUGACAAAUAUCAUGUGGUCUCUGGGGCUGAUGAUUAUACAGUUAAAUUAUGGGAUAUUCCAAACUCCAAAGAAAUUCUGACAUUCAAAGAACAUUCUGAUUAUGUGAGGUGUGGAUGUGCUAGCAAACUGAACCCAGAUCUGUUUGUAACAGGGUCAUAUGAUCAUACUGUGAAGAUGUUUGAUGCACGAACAAACAAGAGUGUGAUCUCUGUUGAGCAUGGGCAGCCAGUGGAAAGUGUCCUGCUUUUUCCCUCUGGAAGUCUUCUGGCAUCAGCAGGAGGCCGUUAUCUUAAAAUCUGGGACAUGCUGAAAGGAGGACAGUUGCUAGUGUCUUUGAAAAAUCAUCAUAAAACUGUGACAUGUUUAUAUCUGAGCAGCUCUGGACAGAGGUUACUUUCUGGGUCACUGGACAGGAAGGUGAAAGUAUAUAGCACGACUUCCUAUAAAGUAGUCCACAGUUUUGAUUACGCAGCUUCAAUUUUGAGUCUUGCACUUGCACAUGAAGAUGAAACAAUAGUUGUAGGAAUGACCAAUGGAAUACUGAGUGUUAAACAUCGGAAAUCUGAAGCAAAGAAGGAUUCUCUUCCUAGGAGAAGAAGGCCUGCAUAUCGAACUUUUAUUAAAGGAAAAAAUUACAUGAAACAAAGGGACGACAUUUUGAUCAACAGGCCUUCAAAGAAACACCUAGAAUUAUAUGACCGGGAUCUGAAAAAUUUCCGGGUCUCUAAGGCACUUGACAGAGUCCUUGAGCCCAGUUGUACAAUAAAGACACCCGAGAUUACAGUUUCCAUCAUAAAGGAGCUAAAUCGAAGAGGAGUCCUUGCAAAUGCCCUUGCAGGUCGGGAUGAAAAGGAAAUCAGUCGUGUUCUUAAUUUUUUGAUACGGAAUCUGUCUCAGCCAAGAUUUGCCCCUGUUUUGAUCAAUGCUGCUGAAAUAAUUAUUGAUAUCUAUCUUCCUGUGAUUGGUCAAUCACCUGUAGUCGAUAAAAAGUUUUUGUUACUUCAAGGACUUGUAGAAAAAGAGAUUGAUUACCAAAGAGAACUACUAGAAACCUUGGGGAUGAUGGAUAUGCUUUUUGCUACUAUGACAAGGAAAGAAAGCACUUCAGUGCUACAGCAUACAUCUGAUGGAUUUCUAGAAAACAAGAAGAUGGAAUCAUAGUAUCUGCUUAAUGAGACCUAUAAGAACAACUAACUUGAAAUAGAUUUGAUUCUAUUAACUAUUGGAAAGAGAAUCUCUUUCUGAUACAUUAAAAAACAAAAAAACUAUUCACAGAAGCAGUUUUUUGGAAGAGAUGAAUAUCUAGAAUUGGAGAAUAAGGACUUGUUUUAAGACGUGGUUUUCCAUGUAAUACUUUGAAUUAUUUCAUGGUAUCUUCGGCUAGAAGAUCUCAGUUGUCUUGGUCAUAGUAUAUUGUCCACCUUGGACAAAGUGAUAUUAAUUUUAAUACAGCAAAGUUCUGUAUCAACAUUUAGGUAGCCAUUCAGAACUCUGGAAUGGGUUUCAACUGGGAAUGCUGCCAAAGGGACAGGGCUUUAUUUUUUUAUUUUUUCUCCUGGAAAAAACAAAAUAACAUCAACAAAAGAAAUGGCAAAAGCAAAUAAAUUUUCUCUUCACUCUGAUCACUGUGGGAUUUCCAUACCCUUGCUGAUCUUGCCUCCCUCUCCUUGAUGUUAUCAUUUAUCCGAGGUCACGUGUUCUGCUUCCACUUGUAAUGGGAGUGCAUCGGCCCCAAAUGUGACAAAUCAGUGGCCAGCUUUGAACAGUUUAACUCUGAACUAGUUAGACAUGUAUUCAAAGAGUGUGCUGAGGCAGAUUUGAUACCUGAAAAUUGUACUCUCCCUUCCAGUGUUUUUCUUCAUUACUUUAAUCUUGACCGUCCUCAUCAGAACAAGGUCUACAUACAGGUAGACCUUAUUGGACCAUGUUUCUUUUCCUUUUUGAGAUGCAGCUUUUCUACUCAGUUUUCAACUUGCUUCAGGUCAGAGGAGUGAUAAAAUUUGCCAUUUUUCUCAUAAUAAAUAGCCUUUCAACCUAGUAUACAUAUGGUUGGAGCUUAUCUUAUAGCUCCCUACCCUUCUGUAAACCAUUUUCUGUAAUCUGUAUUUAGGUUUUGUUUCUCUAAUCUCCAUAAUCAUCUUGUGUUUUAGAACUGGAAGCUAGAGUAGCUUGUUUUGAAAAAUAGUUGUUUUUUUUAAAGGACAAUAUAAGUCAUUUUUAUAAAGAUAUUCUUAUUUUCUUCUUAUCUUUCUGAGAUGUAUGAAUUCCUGAUGGAUAGUCACUGGUUACUGACUGUUAGGUCACUGAUUUCACACUUGCUACCUAUCCCAACUUCUCCCAAUUCCUAUUCCGCCUCAAGUAGUUAAUUAUCUAAGGAAACAUUGCUUGUGGUAGAAGAACCCUUAGUGAAAGGGAGAUUCUGUAAUGAGAAUCUCCUCUUAAAAUUCAUUUCUGUGAAUUUAGAUUUCUUUUUAAGGCAGAAAAAAAUAUUUCUGUGGUCUGGAAAGGGCAUGUGCUCAAAAAUAGGGUCCAGUUUCCCUUUUCUAAAUUGAUUUAUGCAAACCUACAGCACAGUGGCUUAUAAGAAACUAGGAGUUUGCUUCCAUGAGUAAUUAUGAGAUUAGAGACAGAAACUUGGUCUUCAUGUUGAAAAUGUUAAUUUAUUUAAAUAAAUUCUGUAUUUAAAAGCUUUUGAAAAUAUUUAACUUUGUAAGUAUGCUGGUAAUUUGUAUACUAGUAAAAAUUAGAAGUUGAAAUUCUGUCUAAAACUGGCUGCCAUCAAGUGUGUAACAUGUGACAAGGGUUUUCCCAUACAUUAUUUUAUUCGAUUCUCAUCACAGCUCUCCAUUGUUGGUGUUCUCAUUUAAUGCUGAAUUAACUACAGUGAUAAGCCCACACUUGAAUUCCCCAAACUUGAGUUCUUCCUCAUCCUGGCACUGGGAGUGGCCUGCCUUCUGGGGCAAAACCUAGUACUUCUCUUUAACAGGACUUCAUUGAAGCGAGGCUCCGUUGCUCAGGGGUUAGAGCACUGGUCUCAUAACAGGACUUCAUUGAGUGCUGUAGUUCUUGGAUGAAAUCUAGAAUGAAGACGAAUUUUCAAAAAGGUUAUGCAACUCUCAACUCUUCAUGGUAAUUUCAAGAAUAGUUUUUAUAUUCAUUGGGACAAACUGGUAUUUGUUAUUUAAAGUAUGUAAACACAAUUGGGAUAUUAGGCAUAUGAUGGUAUGUAACAUUGGUUUUUGGAUUCUAAUUUAAAAUGGCUAAGAGAUUUUAAGACUUCUGAAUUUUAGUUGAAAGUAUUUUUAAAAUGUUACUAAGCCUGUAAAAAUAUUGACCUGUUCCAGAGAAUUUAGGAACUCAAUGUACAUUUAAUUUAUUACAUGUAUAAGAGUUAAGUACUUGGGAAGGUUUUGCUUGUUCGAUUAAGCAUUUGAAGUGCUAUUUAGAAGAAAAAUAUUUUAAGCAUAUAAAUUUUGUUAAGUUGUUUAAAGGAAUUUGGGUUAUAAGUGGGUUUGUUUAAAGAAAUUUAAAAUUUAGUGUAUUCAACUGAAAUUUACUCUAUCAAACAUGAAUUAAAGGCCCCCUUGAAAGUGAUUAUAAAAUGUACUAGUUUUAUGGUUGGAAUAUCUAUAAGUUAAACCUAAAGCCUUAAGGAAAAUUUUCAAAAGCUAAACAUAACAAGUAACUAUAAAUUGUCUUUCCUAUGAACAAAAUAUUCACCUCAGACACGAAGACACUUACUGGUGACUAGGUUCCAUGCCUGGUUCCCCUGACCGCAGUGAACUAGACUAGGGGCGGUAUAUCUGGCUCAAGCCCUGUCUAAGCUGGGAGAUGUAACUGGGAAUUGGAUUAUCAGCAGAUAAAGCUGCAGGGAGAAAGAAGAAGGAAACCUAAGUCAAGAGAAAAUAAGCAAGGCAAGGCCAUCCUUCCUCAGCAGGUGAGGCUGGAGAAGAGAGAAACCAUCAUAGUUUGCAGCAGCUCUGGUUCCCUUCUGGUUAUACCUUAGGAGUUCUCUCUGGGGUCCAUGAGACUCUUUGGAAUCCUCUAAUAAAUUCUUUU